CUCUCAGCAUCCUCCUCCUCUGUCACGGACGCGCACACGUCGGCUCAACAUUACAGAGAUACAGCUUUAGCUUUCAGCCCUCACACAAUCCCACAGAUACAUCGCAGCAUCACACGAUUACACCCAUCAACGUUAUUUCUCCACUGGACAUUGAUGAAUCUGCAUCCACCGUCGCCGUAGCGGUCCGUCCGAUCGUUAUUCUCCUGUGUUUCCUCUCCUUCUCCCGCAUCCAACAGACCGAUCCAACGCUCCAAGAUGGCUGAGUUGAAUUUGGGGAAGGGGCUGACUGCGGGGAAAGUGGCCAGCAACGUGCAGAAAAAGCUAACCAGAGCCCAGGAGAAGGUUCUCCAGAAGCUUGGCAAAGCCGAUGAGACCAAAGACAUUGCCUUUGAGGAGGGAGUUAUCAACUUCAGCAAACAAUACACCGAAGGCAGCAAACUGCAGAGGGACCUCAGGGUGUACCUGGAUGCUGUGAAAGCCAUGCAUGAGUCGUCCAAUAACCUGCAGUCCUGUCUGGCUGAUAUGUACGAGCCGGAGUGGCAAGGCAAGAACGAAGUGGAUUCCAUUGUGGAGGACUGUGAUGUGUUGUGGACGGAUUACCACCAGAAGUUGGUCGACAAUGCCCUCAUCUCCAUGGAUACGUACCUGGGCCAGUUCCCCGACAUUAAGGCGCGUAUUGCUAAGAGGGACAGGAAACUGGUGGAUUACGACAGCGCCAGGCACAACUAUUCUGCCACACACAAGGCCAAGAAAAAGGACGGGGGCAUUAAAAUCACCAAGCCUUCGUCUCUGUUGGAGAGGGCCACUCCAGGUUGGGCUCAGGGUAUCCUGUCUGCACACAACGUUGCCCAGACCAGUCUGUCCAGGAGCCAGGCUGAGGAAGAGUUGGAGAGAGCCCAGAAGGUGUUUGAGGAGAUUAAUAUUGACUUGCAAGAGGAGUUACCUUCACUCUGGAACAGUCGUGUUGGGUUUUACAUCAGCACCUUCCAGAGUUUGGCCGGUUUCGAGGACAAGUUUCACAAGGAAAUGAGCCGGUUGGAUCAGGAUAUGUAUGAUGUCUUGGUGGAUUUGGAGCAAACAGACACAACCAGAAAGACAGUUAACCGCGGCCCCUCAACGUCAGGAGCAAAUAGGAGUGGCAAAGAACCAUCUAACCACACUCUCAGGCCAGGAGGACCUCCCCCGAUCCCCAAAUCUCCUUCCAAGCUAAAGCCAGCAAUGCCUCCCCCACCCAAGGUGACCCCGUCUAUUGAGAUGAAGACAGAGAACAUCAUCAACCUGUUUGACGCUGCAGCUGCUCCUGCUCCUGAUAUCAGUGUCACCUCCCCUUCAGAGUUUGACGGUCCUGCAGUGAGCAGCCUAUUGGACAUGGACCUGGACUCUCUCAGUGCGACAACCAAAGCCUCCGCGGUCACACAGCCUGCAAACUGGGACUCAUGGUCUGAGGACAGGGCUGACGAGGAAGAGGAGACCCAGAAGCACUAUGACCCUGUGGCUGCUGCUGCAGAGGCCUGGGGGGAUGAGGGUGCGCCCCCUGUCCGCUAUGACCCCAUAGCAGCAGCCACAGAGGGCUGGGGGGAUGAAGUAAACCCACCGGUUCCCUGUGACCCUGUGGCUGAGGCUCAGGAGGGAUGGGAGGAGGAUGGAAGCCAGUCGGUUCAUUCCGACCCCGUGGCUGAAGCCCAGGAGGGCUUGGGCGAUGAAGAGAGCCAGCCUGUCACAGAGGUGCCUGCUGACAAUGAUGAAACACCUGCAGCUGAGGCUCCAGCUGACACCACCGAGGAAGAGGCUACCCCAGCUGUCGCAACCCCAGCUGCCGACACCCCAGCUGCCGACACCCCAGCUGCCACCACCCCAGCUGCCGACACCCCAGCUGCCGACACCCCAGCUGCCGACACCCCAGCUGCCGACACCCCAGCUGCCGCCAACCCAGCGGCCGCCACGUUGGAGAAUGAAGAGGGUCAGGAUGAGUCUGCAGAAGCUCCUGCAGCGACAGCAGAAGAAGAAGAAGAAGAAGAAGAAGCAGUGGUAGAAGAGACACCUGCAGUAGAGGCAGAAUCAACAGAAGCCGCAACAGAAGCAGCGACUGAAGCAGCUGCAGUACCAGCAGCAGCAGUACCAGCAGCAGCAGCAGCAGUACCAGCAGCAGCAGUACCAGCAGCAGCAGCAGCAGUACCAGCAGCAGCAGCACCAGCAGCAGCAGCACCAGCAGCAGCAGCAGCAGCACCAGCAGCAGCAGCCACAGCACCAGCAGCAGCAGCCGCAGCUGCACCAGCAGCAGCAGCCGCAGCAGCAGAGCCUGCAGGCAUGCCUCCUGGAUUUUUGUUCAAGGUCGAGGUGAUGCAUGAUUACGGAGCCAACGACACAGACGAACUGGAGAUGAAGGCUGGAGACGUGGUGCUAGUGAUCACCUUUGACAGCCCUGAUGAACAGGACGACGGCUGGCUGAUGGGAAUGAAGCAGGACGACUGGCAGCAGAACAAAGAAAACGCCACUACAGGAGUAUUCCCCGAAAACUUCACCCAGAGGCUGUGAAGGAGAGGGACCAAAACGUCAUUCCAGCUUCUUUCUUUAUGUCUCCCCUCCCCUUCCCUCUAUCCUCCAUAUCUUCUAUUGCCCUGAUACUGAAUCUUUACUAGGACUUUGGCCAUAAGAAGCAGAGCUGUCACAGCUCUUGCUGAAAUCAUGCAUUUCUAAGGUCUGCUACACUGUGUUAAAAGCGGAUCUUGCAAUUUCCGUGGAUUUCUGCCAACACUUAGAAAUUACUGAUGUGCGUAGUCAUUUCACAGGUGCCAGUCGGUCCCGCUGGAAUUGAUGAGAGAAUCCUGAUCAUACAGGUUCGAUGCAGAGAUCGUGGGACCUCUGCAAUGACUACUGUUAAAAUUAAAUAUAUUAUGAUGCUUCAUGUUUUAGUCAUGUCUCGUCAUAAACUCCCCAAGGCAUAGUCCACCACCAUCACUGAGAAAAUGUCUUUUGAGACAUGCUUUUUGUUCAUCUGAUAUUGAGAGACAUUGAGAAAUGAAUGAAAUUGUUAAGACAAUGCCAAGUGUAGCAGAGGAUGCCCUACACACACUCAAACACACACAUAUAUUAACAGGAUAUAUCUGUUUCACAAAGAUCGGGGUGUGUAAUUACUAAGACCAGGCUGAGAGAACACUGACACACUCCUAUUCAAGUCUUAAAUUCCUCUCUAGCUAAAAGACCUUUGAGCACACAAGGUGCCAAAGUCUAAUCAACUAAACUGCACAUGUUUAAUGAGUCCUGACGUUCUCAGUCUGGUGAUCACACUCCCGACACAAUGCCAUUUGGACGCUUCCAACUAAUCCCUUACUCCUACUUUAAUUAUUGACUUGUGAAUCAUGGGCCCUUGGUUGUUGUAUUAGUUUAGAUUCGAUGGUGGUAUAGGUAGAGUGAAGCUGUUUUUAAAAUCCUAAAUAAAUUCUUAUGCAGUUAACGGGUCAUCAAACACCAGCCUUGUUAAGGUGACUGCAGGAACUCAGUAUGAAAAUCAAACAGAAACACUGGUCUCAGAGAUCUACAGAGCAGAAAACAUGACUGUUGAAAAUCAUUUAUGUAAUUAACAGGUUUUCGACAGUCGUGAGUCAAGAGAUUCCAAAUAUGCAUAAGUCGAGCUUGCAAAAAAAAAAAAAGCCAACAAACAACACCAACGAGGAGCAUGAGAAGCUGCUACUGGUUGUUUAAUAUUCAGGCAGAUACAGUUACACCCGAAUACUAAUCGAUAUACGAUAGGUGAGCUAGCCUCAUUCGUUUAGAAAAAGACAAUGUGCCGAAAACAAUUCCUUCUUUUUGCAUAGAGACUACUUAGCUCACAUGCAGAUGACUCCGAAUAUGCACCAGAGCAACUUCUUUUAUUUUUGUAUGCUGCCGAGCAACGAUUACAUAUAGCCUAAUGUAACUAUGUCGACAUAAUUGCCAACUGAGGAUGUUACGGAGUGUUUUUGUACUUCUGUCAGGUUUUACUGCUCUCAACAUUUAGCCACACACCGUAGCUGGUUGAAACUAUCUCACAUCCUGUCAUCCAUUCAGUCACUGACUCAAGAUUCACAUUCCUCAUGAUGUUAUUAACAUGUAAUAAGUGUGAGAGAAAAAAAUGUACGUGUGUGUAUGUGCGUGUGUUAGUGGGGUUAAUGGGAAACAUAAAUUCUUUAUCUAUAGGCUACUGUUAUUGGACGUGGGGGGGGCGUCCGUUUUCACAGGAAGCCGAGGGACAGACCACGCAAACGUGUGUUGGGUCUUUCUCCACUGGCUGGUAUUAUGAAUCCAGGUGUUAUUGUGCAUUUGUUGUGUAUAAGUGUAAUUUUUUGCCAAGCUGUGAUGACAGAUACAUAUUCUAUAAAGACAUUCAUAUCUGUAUGUGUGUAACUGUGAGCAUGCUGACUUCCCAUGUGUUGUGUGAACACCCUUAAUUUAAGACCAUGAUACUUGGGUCACUUUUGAGGCAGCAGAAACAGGCAUUUUUUAAAAGAAAUUUAUUAUUUAUUUUAUUAAUCUGGGGUGACAUGCUGUAUAUUUAUUUUCCACCAUUACCCCUUUAUUUUAGCCCUGAUUUUAUUUGCUUGUUGUUCAUCAGCCUUGCCUCAAAAUGUCGCUGGGGUAUCGUGGUCCAAACAGAGUUAAAACAUGAUUACAUGGAGACCAGACACAUAGAGCUAAAUGGGAGAUAAACCACCAGACUCAGUUUUCUUUACUUUUUCUUUUUUUUGCUGUGUUUUUAACCUCUUGAGAUGUGCAUGAUGUUCUCACACGUGUGCCUGACAAAAAAAAGCCCCACAUGUGAGAACAUCCACCUGCACACUUGGGGAAACCAGUCACCUGUCGCAGUUUGUUUUUUCAGGUUUUAUGUAUAACUUGCUGAGUGUGUUGCCUGGGUCUGGCUCUCUGUCUGUCUUUAUGGAUCAGUCUCCUGCGACGAGCUAUGGGAUACAACAAAGAGGUUUUUCCUGUACCCAACUGACCGGAAAUAAUAAAGAUUACUUACAAUCUUC